UUCGCAAGGCGCACCCGUCUGGCGAAGCUGAUAGCGUAUAAAAGAGGAUGUUACUUGCAGUGUCCGUUGUUAGUGACGGUAGUUGAGUGAUCGAGUACGGGCCUGUAAAUCUCCAACAUUCCAACGCCAUGAAGAUGCUAAUAGGAGUUGUUGGUUUAACGCUGGUGGUGAGUGUGCUGGCUGCUCCUUUGGAUGAUUCCAGGAAUGCUGAGAUUUUGCGAUACAGCAGCGAGAACAUUGGCAUUGAUGGAUAUCGUUUCGAGUUUGCAACGAGUGACGGUACCAGUCGAACGGAAGAGGCUGAACUUCGCAAUGCCGGAACAGAUAAUGAGGCACUCGCCGUGAGGGGAUCCUAUUCCUACACUGGUCCUGAUGGAACGGUCUACGUCAUCAACUACAUCGCGGAUGAGAACGGUUUCCAACCGGAAGGAGCACACAUCCCAAAGUAGAUCGGUCAACCGUAGUCACUUCUACUCCAGCACAACUACUAAAUGCUUGAUGUCUUGUGCUGAGAUGUUGUUGUUAAAUGUUGAUCAGUAAAGCUGAAGAAUCCAGUUUCGCUUGACUGUGUUCCGAUGCAGUCAGAAAAAAAAUAAAUAAAUUCUAUUCUAUCGAUAUCGAUCGGUGCAAUAUGAUUGUUCUACUUCUAAA